AACUUAUUAAAUAGAACGGAUGAGCUUGUAUCUUGAAUAAAUUUUGGUAUGGCUCCUUCGGAGGAUGGCGAUGUCGCUGAUGCCCUUCGCUCAACCUAUCAGUCUUCUCUCACGGGAAAGAGGAAAAACAACGAAGAAAUAGAAAUGUUAGAGAAAAUCAAGGAAGGCACUUCACUGAGAAAAGAAAAAGACACAUUUGCCGAAUCUAAUUUGAUGAAGUCAACGGUUGGUAAAACGAAAACGAGGAAGAAAACUGGAGAGAGAAAAUCGGAAACUAACUCUGGAUUCGAAUCAAAUAGCGAAAAAUUAGAAACAGAGCAAAGGGCUGUUAAAACUACUGAAGCUGAAGGAGAAGUUGAACCUCACACGGAGGUCAAGAAAAAGAAGCCGUUGAAAAAGAAGCAGAACACUGAAAUCAGUCAAUCAACUGAACCACUUGCUGAAGGUGAGAAAAGCAAAGACGAAGUAGAAAAUGAGCUUCAUGCAGAUGGAACAGAAGCACGUGGAGAGGCUAAGCCGAAAAACAAGAAAAAGAAAAAACUACCAACAGCUGCUGAAAGCGGAGAAACAGCUCUCCCGGUGGUUCCCCGAAUCCAGACAUCAUUUGAUGACGAGCGAGUGUUGGGGGUGACGAUCCACAGGACAGACAGACUGAAGCAGCACAAGUAUGUCACCAGUCCACUAGUGAGAGUGCAUGUGAUGGAUGCGAACACUGGUCACUAUGUCAAAAAGGAAGACAGUAAACGCACAUUAAGGUUGCCACAUGAACCGGGAUAUGAGGCGUUGGAGUUCCACCCUCCACUGUGCACGGGAGCCUUCGACUUCAAGAAGAGACAGAGUUUGAUUCCGAGAUGGGAGCAGCAGUUGUUCAUUGACGAGCGAUAUCUCUACUUCCUAGAGAACAAGACAAAUGUCUCUCAAGGAGAAGCAGCAGCCCCCCACUCUCCCAGCCCCAACACUGUGGUUCUGUUUGAACUGCUGAAUUAUGUGGACACAACUGGAAUGAAGGAGGUGCCUAAAGGCAGGAGUUCCAACUGGAUGCGCAUCGCAUGGGCAUUCCUCCAACUGGUGGGCGGGAACAGAGCAUUGAACGUGGAGAAGAAAGUGCGUCUGCAGCUGUUUCAUCCUCAGAAGCAGUUCACCAGUAGUGAGGAGAUAAAACAGGACACUUCAGAUGGACGGGAGAUGAUCAACUGGGUCAGGAUGAGGAAUGUUAAGUACCCUGGAACCAUCUAUGUCACAGUGAAGGGAACACAUGUGAAGGCUGCCCAGAUGCCAUCAAAGACUAUUGGAAGACUAACGGAGGCGGAGUCGGAUGUCCACGAUGAGGACGACAAACUGUCUUCGGAUCCUCCCGAGUGGAGUCGGCUGCCGGGUCAGAUCUGCAAAGUGCCCAAUAAACAGCUCAAGUCCCUCAAGGCAGGAAAGACCGGCUGCUCUAUCGUGCGCUUCUCUAAUGAGGGCAGAAAGCUGGCAUGUGCUUGUGGCGACAAGAAUGGAUACAGCAUUCAGAUCUACGACAUUCCCAGCUGCAAGAGUCUGGGACAAUUCUCUGGACACUUCAGCCUCAUCUACGACUUGUGCUGGUCCAGAGCAGACAACGAACUGGUGUCGAGUAGCCAAGACGGAUCUGUGCAGUGCUGGAAUGUGGAUAGUAUGAAGCGAGAAGCGGUGUGUGUGAUGAACCAUCCCGGAUAUGUCUACUGUGCCAAAUAUCACCCGGUCAUGUCUCACGUCGUGGUGUCAGGCUGCUAUGACAAUGUGAUCAGGGUUUGGAGGACAGAUGCUGCAUUGCAUGAUAAAAACGCUGUGUUGCUGAAGGAGCUCCACUCGCACAAUGGUUUCGUCAACUGUCUCUGCUUCGACUCUUCAGGCACCACCAUGUACUCUUGUGACAGUGUCGGCACAGUCAUCACCUGGAGAGUGACCCUUCCUUCCAGUAUGAACCUCAUCGCGCACACAGGGGCAGCAGGAGAACAGGACUACCAGAACAGUAGCAGUGGAGGGGGCUUGCAGUUCCUGCCGGAGAGAAUAUUCACAGACCCAGAGAUAAACGGCGUGCCCUUAAGUGUGGUGCAGCUGCAUGGGAGUGGAAAGCGACUGUUGUUGCAAUGCAAGGACAACACAGUGCGAGUUUUGGACCUAAGACUGAAUAUAAUCAUGGCGAGGUAUGCGGGUGCGAUCAACUUCAAAGACCACAUCCGCAGUACAUUCUCCCCCUGUGGCACCUACAUCUACGCCAGCUCAGAGGACUGUACUGCCGUAGUAUGGAACACAGACACCUGCGAAACCGUGUGUCACUAUCGUGACCUGGGCUUCACUGCUUCAAUAUCGGACAUCUGCUACCAUCCCUUCGAAAACCUGGUGGCUUUCUGUGCCAUAGGACCCAAUCAGCCCAUAGUCCUCUUCUCAUACGACUGCAACAGGCCGGAUAGAACCUUCUACGAUGCCAAUGCACCUGGUGCCUUCGGGGGAACAACAGACUUCGAGUUAAGGGCAGUGACUCCGGCUCCAAGUGCCCCGAACACUCCAAGGAACAGAUCCUUCCGAGCCAAGUCGCCUUUAUUGAGCUCACACGCCUUUUAUGGCCCUGGAAAGUACCCAUCUAGUGAGGGGUCAAUAGGGCUCACAGCUAGUACCAAGGCAGACCUGAUGGUGAAAUCGAGCCGAGAAUUGGCAUCUGAAAUUAUCCACAGUGUGAAAAUGGACCAUGUUAGCCGCACUAUCAAUGCAUCCAUUGUGUCUGAUGGGAAUGACCUGAACAUGAGCCAGAGCAGAGCGCGAGCUAACAGAAGACGAAUGAAGCAGGCCAGAAUGUCUGAUGCAGGCAGCUUAGCAGGUGACCUGACCAACAGGUCCUCUCUUCUAUCAGCAACUGCUGCUGCUCAGGAACAGGACCCAAUGAGUAACAGUCCAGGCGGGUCUACGCUCAAUGUUAACACCAGUCCAAGGCCUACCCUCAGAACAAGUGACAUGGUGAAACAGCUGGACAGAGAAAUGCCAGGAGCACGCAUGACCAUGCUCAUACAAAGCGAGAAGCCCAAAUUCAUGCUAUCCGCCAAGACUGGCAUCUCACAAUGGGCGAGAGCGAUUGGAGACUACAGUGCUGAGAGGAGUGAUGAGUUGAGCGUGUCCAAAGGAGUCCUCGUCAAAGUGGUCUUGAAGGACAAUGAUAGGUGGUGGCUGGCUCAAUUGCACAAUGCCGCACAGGGAUACCUGCCUUCCAGUUGUCUGGAACUAAUCACUGAAUCGGAUGCACAAGCAAUUUCUAUGCUAGAGAACGAACCGCGCCGAAAGAUCAGUCAAGCAACUGCACCACCGUCAUCCGCCGGAGACUUGAGCUCCAAGCCAGCAGACACAUUCAGUGAAACAAGCUCUCAGCCUGAGAGUUCAAAGAUCCCUGAUGAUGACGACGAACUCCAGACACUUCCCAUAGCCAAAGCACGAACAAGGAGAGGGAAAAUGAAAAAAGAAACUGCAGAAAAUACAAUUGGCGAAGGUGCCAGUGAAGAUGCGCUAGAGAUGAACAAAAUUGAAGAGAUACUAUCUCAGCAGAGCAAAGAUGAUAGCACUGAUCUAAUUGCUGAGGAACUGCUCUAAAAAUUGAUAAAAAUUUGAUAUCUAUCGAGUUCAAGUGAUGUAAAUAGUCAGUAAAUUGUGGAUAUGUAAAUCGAUGCUCAAUUGUAAAUAUUCCCCUAA